AAAAAAAAAGAUAGCCAAAGACAAUAAAAGAAAAGGUGGUAGAUGCAUGAGCAACUACAAACUACAAUCUCUCCCAUCUCUCUCCUCAUCUCUCUCUCUCUGACUUUUCUCUCUCACUCUCACAAACACAAAGCCCUCGCCACCUUAAUCCCCCCCUUGUAAUCUCUCCAUCUCUCACUCAUCACUAAACCCCAAUUCCUCAAUUCUUGAAUACCCACUUCAAUUUUCACCUAUCCUCGAUUUCUACGCCAACCCAUUGUAACCACCUUUAGGAACAUUGCAGGCAUCCAUGGUGAGCAUUAGAAGACGCAGACUCCUAGGACUUUGCACUGGAAAAAGUUCGUUUUUAGCUCCAGUUCCUAAAACAUUUGAUGGUGGACAGACCCCUGAAAACGGCACGCAAAACCCGACGCCAUUUUGUACGACUCCUGUACCCUCGAUUGAUCUUGACCAAGUAAAGGAGAAUGGUAUAUCUAAAGUACAUCCUAGAUCAUCAAACAUGUCCACCUCUAGCUCAUCAAAAGAGCAGCAGCCGCAACAGUUUUCAGUUCCAGAAGUAAAGCGUAGAAAGCGACACCGGAGAAAACAUUUUGAAAAUCAAGAACCAUGCAUAAUGCGAGGUGUCUAUUUCAAGAAUAUGAAAUGGCAAGCAGCAAUAAAAGUUGAGAAGAAACAAAUCCACCUGGGGACUGUUGGCUCGCAAGAAGAGGCUGCUCGAUUGUAUGACAGAGCUGCUUUUAUGUGCGGAAGGGAGCCCAACUUUGAGCUCUCGGAGGAGGAUAAGAAAGAACUAAGAAAAUUGAAUUGGGAAGAGUUUCUGUCUCUUACUCGUUCUGCAAUAGCUAGCAAAAAACAGCAGCGAAGAACCGAGUUCAGUUCUAGGAGAAAGCUCGAGCCUGCAGAUAACAAUAACUAUUGGGAAGCUGGUCAAGGAGGCUUCUCGGGCUCAGAAGAAUGAACUUAAAUCAAGUCAGUCUGUCAAAGCAAUUUUCCCUGGAACGCAGGCGGAGAAGUCUAGUUCUACCAUUCUUAGGCUUCUAGUAAAACUAUAGUAGCCAGUCACCUUCUUAGAUUAUGCAAAUCUGCUUGCUAUGCUUUUUGACCCCUAUUUGGGCAAAACAUCAGUGGAAUUUUACUGCUGUUAAUUAGCAGAUUUCUAUGUUUAUUAUAUUAUGGUCAGUUCUUUA